AUGGCUUCCAAGAAGAAGUGGGCAGAGCGGAGGGAGCUGCGGAGGGAUCGGCCGUUCUCCACCCGGGAUGAUUCAUCUGUUGCGUCCGGGACAUCUGGGCCGGGGCGCCCCACCACCAGGGGGCGUUUCUCAGAGUCAUGGAAGAGGCUCAGCUCCAGAGGGGGGUCCACGAAGAGGGGGGUGCUCAACUCUCAGCAGCCACCGGCACAGAAAUCGUGGAUAGAAAGAGCAUUCAGCAAGAGAGAAUGUGUUCAUAUCAUAGUGAGCGCCAAAGACCCCCAUAGGUGCUGUUGUGGUCGUCUGAUAGGUCAGCAUGUGGGCCUGCCCCCAGGCAUCCCAUCCAGUCAAAAUGACAAGGCAGAGCGUUUGGCCAAAAAUGACAGCCUGUCGGAGAAGUGGUCAAUCAGCAAACACACACAGCUCAGCCCCACUGAUGCCUUCGGCACCAUUGAGUUCCAGGGAGGAGGACACUCCAACAAAGCCAUGUAUGUGCGAGUAUCUUAUGACACCAAGCCUGACCUGCUGCUCCACCUGAUGACCAAGGAGUGGCAGCUGGAUCUGCCAAAGCUGCUCAUAUCAGUCCACGGGGGCCUGCAGAACUUUGAAUUACAGCCCAAACUCAAGCAGGUCUUUGGCAAAGGGCUCAUCAAAGCUGCCAUGACAACAGGAGCGUGGAUCUUUACAGGAGGGGUCAACACAGGGGUGAUUCGCCAUGUGGGGGAUGCACUGAAAGACCAUGCCUCUAAGUCAAGGGGGAAGAUCUGCACGAUUGGGAUAGCUCCAUGGGGUAUCGUGGAAAAUCAGGAAGAUCUUGUUGGCAAAGACGUGGUGCGUCCAUACCAGACCAUGUCCAACCCUAUGAGCAAGUUGACUGUUCUCAAUAGUCUCCACUCCCACUUCAUCUUAGCGGAUAACGGCACCACGGGAAAGUAUGGUGCUGAAGUCAAACUGCGACGUCAGCUUGAAAAGCACAUUUCCCUGCAGAAGAUCAACACACGUAUUGGUCAGGGUGUGCCAGUGGUGGCUCUGAUUGUAGAAGGAGGCCCUAAUGUGAUCUCCAUAGUGUUGGAGUACCUCAGGGACACACCUCCGGUCCCAGUGGUGGUGUGCGAUGGCAGUGGCAGAGCCUCAGACAUCUUGGCCUUUGGACACAAAUACUCUGAGGAGGGAGGCAUAAUUAACGAAUCGCUGCGAGACCAGUUGCUGGUGACCAUCCAGAAGACUUUCACCUACAGCCGCACGCAGGCUCAACAUCUGUUCAUCAUUCUCAUGGAGUGCAUGAAGAAGAAGGAGCUGAUAACAGUUUUUCGAAUGGGGUCAGAGGGUCAUCAGGACAUUGACCUUGCCAUCCUCACUGCAUUACUCAAAGGUGCCAAUGCUUCAGCUCCUGAUCAGUUGAGUCUGGCUCUGGCCUGGAACCGAGUGGACAUCGCCCGGAGUCAGAUCUUCAUCUAUGGACAACAGUGGCCUGUCGGCUCCCUGGAGCAGGCGAUGCUGGAUGCCUUAGUGCUGGACAGAGUGGACUUUGUAAAGCUGCUGAUUGAGAACGGAGUCAGUAUGCACCGUUUCCUCACCCUCUCCAGACUGGAAGAACUCUACAACACGAGACAUGGACCGUCCAACACACUGUACCAUCUUGUCAGAGAUGUCAAAAAGGGAAACCUGCCUCCAGAUUAUCGCAUCAGCCUCAUCGACAUUGGAUUGGUCAUCGAAUACCUCAUGGGCGGAGCGUAUCGUUGUAACUACACCAGGAAGAGAUUCAGAACCCUUUACCACAAUCUGUUUGGACCCAAGAGACCCAAAGCUCUGAAACUGCUGGGGAUGGAGGAUGACAUACCCAUCCGCAGAGGUCGUCAAAAAACGACACGUAAACGGGAGGAGGAGGUGGACAUCGAUUUGGAUGACCCUGAAAUCAACCACUUCCCUUUUCCCUUCCAUGAACUGAUGGUGUGGGCUGUGCUGAUGAAGCGGCAGAAGAUGGCACUGUUCUUCUGGCAGCACGGCGAAGAGGCCAUGGCCAAAGCGCUGGUAGCCUGUAAGCUGUGUAAAGCCAUGGCGCAUGAAGCGUCUGAGAAUGACAUGGUGGAUGACAUCUCCCAGGAACUGAACCACAACUCCAGAGAGUUUGGCCAGCUGGCGGUGGAACUCCUAGACCAGUCCUAUAAACAGGAUGAGCAGAUGGCCAUGAAGCUGCUGACAUACGAGCUGAAGAACUGGAGCAACGCCACCUGCCUGCAGCUGGCAGUAGCAGCUAAACACAGAGAUUUCAUCGCACACACCUGCAGUCAGAUGCUGCUGACCGACAUGUGGAUGGGACGCCUGCGCAUGCGCAAGAACUCAGGCCUGAAGGUGAUACUAGGGUUGCUUCUGCCACCAUCCAUCCUGAGUCUGGAGUUCAAGAACAAGGAUGAGAUGUCGUACAUGCCGCAGGACCAGGAGGCUUACCUGCAGGAGAAGGAGGAGGAGGAGCCUGAAAAACCAGUCAAGGAGAAGGAGGAGGAAGACAUGGAGUUCACAGUAAGAUCUUACUGUGAGGCGCAGUACAACUCCGUGGCAAUGCUGGGCAAGGUAACUACAGAGACUUCCAGGAAGAAGGAUGUCGAGGAAGUCCAGAACCGCCAUCGCCUCAUCCCCAUGGGACGAAAGAUAUACGAGUUCUACAAUGCUCCGAUUGUCAAGUUCUGGUUCCACACGAUGGCAUAUGUGGGCUACCUAAUGUUGUUCAACUACAUUGUCCUGGUUAAGAUGGAUCUGUGGCCUUCACCUCAAGAGUGGAUUGUCAUUGCUUACAUUUUCACCAACGGCAUUGAGAAGAUGAGAGAGAUCCUGAUGUCAGAACCAGGAAAGUUGUUACAGAAGGUGAAAGUGUGGCUUCAAGAGUACUGGAAUAUCACAGACCUCAUGGCCAUCCUCAUAUUCUCCGUCGGCAUGGUCCUCCGUCUCCAGGAGCCACCGCUCAUGAGCUAUGGACGAGUCAUCUACUGCGUCAACAUCAUCUAUUGGUACAUCCGACUGCUUGACAUCUUUGGAGUCAACAAAUACCUGGGUCCCUAUGUUAUGAUGAUUGGCAAGAUGAUGAUCGACAUGAUGUACUUUGUGAUCAUCAUGUUGGUGGUGCUGAUGAGUUUUGGGGUGGCGCGGCAGGCCAUCCUCAACCCUAAUGAAGACCCGUCCUGGAUGCUCGCUAGGAACAUCUUUUUCAUGCCUUAUUGGAUGAUCUACGGAGAGGUGUUUGCCGACCAGAUUGACCAUAUGCAUAGUAGGAAGUUACAGCACAGGCUGAAUGAAAAACUCUGGCUGGUCGAAAAUUACUUUCGAACUCACGGAACCUGGCGUAGUAACGGUCCAUCCCACAUGCAGUGCAGUCAAAAUCCCACCCCCUGUGGGCAGAACGUCACGACAGAGGACGGGGUGGUCACCUUACCUCCGUGUAAGACGGGUGCCUGGAUUGUCCCAGCUAUCAUGGCCUGCUAUCUGUUGGUAGCCAACAUACUGCUGGUCAACCUUCUCAUUGCCGUGUUCAAUAAUACAUUCUUCGAAGUGAAGUCCAUCUCCAACCAGGUUUGGAAGUUCCAGCGAUACCAGCUCAUCAUGACCUUCCAUGAGCGGCCAGUCCUUCCUCCACCCCUCAUCAUCUUCAGUCAUAUAACUAUGGUCCUAAAGCACUUAUGCUGUCGAUGGCGAAAGCAUGACGAUGACGAGAGGGACUAUGGACUGAAACUUUUCAUCACAGAGGAUGAGCUAAAGAAAGUCCACGACUUUGAGGAGCAAUGCAUAGAGGAAUACUUCAGAGAAAAGGACGACCACUUCCACUCGUCAAAUGAUGAGCGGAUCAGAGUCACCUCUGAAAGGGUGGAGAAUAUGGCAAUGCGUCUAGAGGAGGUCAAUGAGAGGGAACACUUCAUGAAGGCUUCAUUGCAGACUGUGGACAUUCGUCUGGCUCAAAUGGAGGAGCUGAUUGGACGAAUUGCUGUUGCUCUGGAGCGAGUGACAGGUGUUGAGCGAGGAGAGGUCAACAAAGCACGCUCCAGGACUUCAUCAGACUGCACCGACUCAGCAUACAUACUCCGCCAGGGAGAAUGCCCAGAUGCAUCAUACAUCCUCCGUCAAAGCAGCUUCAACAGCACAGAGGGAAAUGCCUACCGCCUGCAGGAGGCUCUGGAGGCAGGAGCUGAGGGCUCCAUGUCCCCCCCUUCUCCUACCGCCAUGGCUGCACGGACAAGGAGCCAUUCGUUUUAUGUUGGUGGUGGUCGCGGUGGUGGUGAACGUUCAAGUGGAGCUGAACGAGCUGAGAGCUUCUUUAAAGAGCGCUCACUUAGUCUUCACCGGGCGAACAGCUCGCAGUCAGUGUCCUCAGGUGCCGCCCCCAAGGAGUCUAAGCCCCUCCCCCUGGCGACGCUGUCGGUCUCCCAACAGCACCGUCCAUCAUCAUGCAUAGAUAUCUAUGUCUCAACUUCUGAGGAGGUGGGGCCGGCUGAGGUCUUCUUGGAUCCUCUCCGUGUGGUCCCACCGCUCCAGAGAGACUGCUCGCUGCAAUCAGAUAUCAUCGAGACGGUGCUGCCGGGAGGCCGGGACUUCAGCAGCGCUGCUACCAGCGGUUUGGGCGACAGGCACUCGGAGGGCGGUGGAUGCAGCAGUGCGACAGCUGGAGCUAUGUUUGAUGAUAGUGCAGCUGCCGAUUUGUCAUUGUGCUCAGCCCACCUCUUACCAGAUACAACCUUACCUCCUUGGGACAUGGAACCGUCUCCCCCACCCUCAGCAGGGCUGCUUGAGCGCUCUAAGAGCAGCCGCUACCUCUCUACUGCAGGCACAGGAUUCCUGGAUGAGCCUCCAUUGGUCAAGUCCCACAGCCUCAUGUUUACACCGAGAGGCUGCUAUAGUGGAAUGGGGGCAGGAGUUCAGGUAAAAGCUGCAGAGUACACCAGCAUCACUGACUGCAUUGAUACACGCUGUGUCUCAGCCCCGUACACUCCUGUUGAACGCUCAAACUCCCCUGGAUGCACUUCAUUCCCCUUUGAUAAGCCGUCAGACAUUGGUUCCUCUCACCCAGAAAGAGAGGCUGAGCUCAGUCACACAGAGUCUGACCCAGAGGACCCUGAGGACCUGCUUCCAGCCCCUGAUACGCCUCGUCUAGCAGGCCUUGGCGGGCCCAGUGGGGCCCCUCUCUGCUCCCCCUUCUCCAAGCUGGAGAGAGCAAACAGCUGCUCCUCAGAUGACUCCCAUCCUUCCCUCACGCUGGCCCCUCCGCACCGGAAGAGCCUGUCAGUGAGUGAAAGGAUGGAGAGGGGACCAGGUCUGGGGGCAGAGAGGGGGCCUGGGCCUGGGGGCCGGGGUCUGGCAGGAACCAGAAACCCUUUCCUCAGGAGCAAGCCUGGAUCACGGCCUGAAGCAUCUAAGACUGACAGCCUCUCCAUGAGGAAGCUGGCUACUCCAUCAGCUUUCCGCAGCUUUGAAAGACAAAACUACACGUGACAAGGACACUAGUCAGCACACGCACUGAUAGGAUCAAAAAGGCCAAGAGAAAGGGUGAAAGCAGGGUGAAGUUGCCUGUAGAUGCUCAUCUGAAACAGGUCUACAGUAUAUUACCUGAGUUUUAGGCUAGACAAAGUGAUAAAAGUUUGUUAGUCAGUGCUGGAGGGCAACUUUACCCUGGAUCAGAUGGGGACAGGAGGUGUAGAGGUCCUACUGUACACCAGUCAAAAACAAAGAGCUAUGAAUCUAGACUAGUUUUUACCUCCUCUUGUAGCUACGUUACUCUCAAUGGGGUGUUAUGGCAAUGGAAGGUGUAUUUUUACUGUAUGUCUUCCACCCACCACCUUUACGUCAAGUAGACAUUUGUCACUGUGUCACAUCACAUAUCAACCACGUUAGUCAUUGAAAGUAAACUGUUACUACUAGCUGCAAUAUAUGGUAGAAACUGACUAGUAUGAGAGACAGAGAGAGAAGAAAGAGAGUAGGAAGAAAAAUAGCCACCUCAUUUUGUCUAAGUAUAGGAGUCACUUAUGUCUCACAUUUUGCUUGAAUUAAUUCCUCCUCUCUGCAUAUAAUCCUGAUUCACCCUUUAAGCCUCCAACAUUAGCAGACAGAGAGAAGUAAACAUUUCUGGCUGCUUCAGAAAAGAAUCACUUGAGUUUUUGUAACCAUUUUGAACUAUUUCACCUCUUGGUUGCACUGGAAAUGAUUGCUGUAACAUGGCAACAACUUACCUCUGGAUAUAUAAAUACUCCUGUCAGAAAAAAAUCUUUAUUGUUUCUCUUUUAGAAAGAAUAUCAAGUUUGUCCACAUCACUUUUGUUCUGAUACUGUAGCAUAAUUUAUCAGCUAGAAAAUGAAAGCAGUGUUUGAAUAUAGUCCGGUCAAUCAGUCAUUACUUUAUCAUGUUUUUCACUCAUUGCUGUUAAUUGUCAGCAAUGUGCAUCUGCGGUGAUUGAGAUCGUAAAAGGUAGGUUUAAUUAGCCAUGUGAAUAGAGUGAAAGAAGCUUAUCAGGAAAAAAAAGAAAAUGUAACUGAGCUGAGUUAAGGCAUAGACAGGGCAGUCAGAGGUGGAAGUGUUUUGGAAGUGUGUAGACACUCACAUGCAUUUAUAUGUGUAUGUGUGUCUACACAUGCACCGGCACAUAAAGGUGUUUAGUAAAUCUUUACAUGUCACACAAAAAUGCAUUUAGAUUCAGUCCCAGAGAGCUUUAAUAAGUGCAUUUGCAAAAAAUGGAGACGAGGGGGCGCCAUAAACCUAGUUCAUGAAUAACACGUGAACUCAGUGUGAACCUUAGCCUGCACCUGACACCAAAAAUCAUUCCACUCAAUGGUCCUACUUGAACAAAGUAUUGCUGUCUUGUAGCCCAGCCCUCCUUCAGCUUCUGGCAGUGGCAUUGUGUUGCAUUGGUUUAACAUCCACACACUCAACUAAUGGAUCCGUCCUUCAUCUGUUCCAUAACUGUCAUUCAUUUGCUUCUUUAUUUUUUUUUAAUUGCAUUCAGAGCCACUGCAAAAGGGGACUUGAAAAGAGAGCAAUUGCCUGAAGACUAAGCCCAUUAUGAAAAGGUCAACUGAGCAUUUUCAGGUACAACCGGGAGAGGCAAUCUAUGAAUUAUUAAUAAAAAAAAUGCUUGAAAUUAAGCUGAGUAUAUGCAUUCUAGCAGAGUUAUAAGAAAGGUGUGAGUUUUAAGUGAGGAAACAUGGGGUUAUUACUGUUAAGAGACGAAAGCCAGAUCAUUCUUUUCAAAAAAAAUUCUCAUUUUUUAACCUUCUGGAAUAAGUCAAACACCCUUCUUUGAUAGCUUUGUAAAGAUAUGAUAGGCGAAAAUAUUAGAAUUCUUGCUGAUUUUUUUUAUGUUGUUUUAUAUUUCCUUAAUAUUAUAAUUCAGUUUAAUCAUGUUGCAUUUAUUUUGGGGUUGAUUCUGUUUAUUGACAUUUCUUUGCUCAUUACUGAUAAUUACAGUAAAUGCCUGUUUGAAUUAUGAAAUUAAUAUUUAUAUCUUCUCAGUGAUAUUUUUGUCAAAUUUUAAGUAUUUUCUAAUUAAGCUUUUAAAUUUAAUAAAAGAUGACCAUCUACAUGCACUAAAUGCUGAUGUAUUAUAUUAUUUAUUAAAUAUAGACUUGUCUAAUAUACUGUACAUUUCAAUCAUAUUUAAAGUAUUUAAAGUAGUUUUUAUUGUAUGUUUUAUCAAGCAGCUUAUGAGAAUUUUCUAAUGUAAUGUUGACACGGCAAUACACAUUUGCCAGUAUACCAAACUUAGGGUGCCUUCUGGGCAUGGAUGGUGUAUGUGGGAACUGAAAAGGUUUGGAAAUCUGUGAAAUUUCUCAUCUUUUUUCUGUUUUUCCUAAUCAUAGAGCCCAGACAUCAGUAAUUAUACUCAACUGACUUUUGCAUACACUCAAAGACUCUUUUUUAUGAGCAUAUGCAUCGACUUUGUCUCUUUAAACAUAUCUAAUAGACAGAGCGGGGAAAUGAUGUAAUUAGUCGACUAUCUUCACUUCUAUGGACAUUUAUUAGAAUCUAACAAAACCUAUAAAAAGUUUAAUUGAAGAAAAAAACCUACUAAAAAAAAAGUUUGCACAUGAUAUUGGAGGAAGAUGGAGAUAAAGCAUUGCCACCAAGGUGAUACUGUAGUAAAUAAUCUUCUGUUUUGCUUGAAUUGAACGAUUUGACUGUGUCACAACCUAAUCUGUCUGACAAUCCGGACCGUGCAUUUAUCUCCGAACAUAACCUACACUUUAGCCCAUUUAUUUACAACACAUUUAAAAUGCAUUGUGAGGCAGCAGUUGGGACGCUUUGGCCUGUUGAUGCUAGUAAAGGACCAGGUUUUGCAAUUUCCUCAUGAAAUGUGUAGGUUAUGGUAUGUUUUGGAGAGGUUGACCCAAGUCAGUGCUCAGGGACAACAUUACCCAGUGAUGCAAGUUUUUAGGUCGAAGCAUGGAGGGAAAAGAAAAUGAAAGAAAAAGAACAGAAUAGAAAGAUGUUUUUUCGUCAGCAGGUUUCCAAUAUAAUCACUGUGCUUUAGGAGCCUAACCACCAUCUUGUGGGAUUGUGGGGAAUCUACUGUAAAUAUAUAUAUUAUGUUUUCAGAAAUGGCAAUAUAAUAUGACUGAAUGUCUUCAUAUCUUAUUUACUUGUUCAUCCACAGGAGAAGAUGUUCUUUAUGAUUCAUACAACGGUGAUGCGUUUUGUUAGAGAGGGCUUUGGUUAUGCACAACUGUCCCUUACCCACUAAACCAAACCAAACUUUGCCUAACCAAAUAAAAACGUGCUGAGUCGUGCUCUGCUGACCUGUUGUCACACAGAGGGUUAAACAAGCAAGACUCGUACAGCUCAUCUCAGUUUUGCAUGGUUAAGUGUGAAAACAGAUGACAGUGUAGGGGUAAGUUUAGACCCUUAUAUUUGACCUACUGCACUAGGAAAUAUAAAUAUGGUAUUUUCCUUUUAUUAAUCCUUACAAUAAGGAAUAUGACAUAGCAGACAUAUUCAUGGCAUUUCUAAACUCAUGUACAUGAUUCUAUAAAUGGCUUUGUGAUACGCUGACAUGACUGUUGUGCUGAUAGCUCAGAUUAUUUGAAGGAGUGCAUGUGUGUAUGUGUGCACCAAAAAUACAUGUGAACUCAGAUAUGUAGACGGCACGUUGCCUAAAGACAGUAGGAAUGCCAACACAACCCAAUCCAACAGAAACUCAGUGUACAGUAUUUUUAAAAUAUUUUCCUAUUCUGUAGCUUAACAGUUUUGUGGAAUUAUGAACAGAUAAUGAUAAUCAGAUUCUCCUCCCUCCUAUGACGACCUGUGGCUCAUAAACUAAAGAGGAUUUCACGCACAUGUUUUUCUGCAAUAAUUGCUGGUGUUGUGCUUUUACAACUCAAAGGGACUUAUCCCCCUACGGAUCACACUUUAUUUAAUGUCCUUUAAAUGCAUGCAGUUCUUCCACUCAGAGUGUACAGAGAUGACCUGUAAAGAUGACGGAGAGAAAGAUAUAGAGAGAUUAUAAUAUGAAAUCAAAGUAGUGAGUAUUUGGAUGCAAAUACAAAUCUGUAUUCUUCAGUGUGAAUAGGAUCAUGUCUGGCAUGCAUUGUUAAAUAAACAAUUAAAUAGAUUGGUA